AUGCCCCAGGUGGAGCCCUAUAAUGGCACGACCGACCCCCUCGACCAUCUGGAGAGUUACCGAGCCCUCAUGGCGUUGCAAGGGUCCUUGGAGGCUAUGCUCUGCAAGGCCUUCCCAGCAACGCUUCGGAGAACGGCUCGGCUCUGGUUUUUCGGGCUAAAGCCUAGUACAGUGUCUUCCUUCGAGCAGCUUGGCAGGCAGUUCAUCACCAACUUUGCUGCUGGCCGACGUCAGCGGCGGACUUCGGACUCCCUCCUCGAUAUCAAACAAAGGGAGGGAGAAUCUCUCAAAGACUAUCUCGACCGCUUCACCGCUGCAACCUGGGAAGUCCGUGAGCUCGACCAGUCGGUAGCCAUGUCGGCACUAAAGACUGGGGCUCGAUCCUAUAGGUUCCUCUUCUCCAUCGAGAAGAGCUUCCCCGCCGACUUCACGAAGAUGCUCGUCCGAGCUCGGAAGUAUGCGAAGGCCGAAGAGGCCAUUGCUUCCAAGCGGAGUGCAACCGAGCAGACCUCCAAGAAGCAGAAGAGACGCCGCGAGGAGCGCAGUCGUCCUAAAAGCCAAUCUUCUCGCUGGAACAAGAACCAGCCCCGGUUGAAGAGUCCACCUCGGCCCCGGGGGUAG